AUGCACCGAAACCCUCGCGUCCUCCUCCGCGCCGCCGCCUAUCUCCUCCGCCCCUCCACCGCCGCCCCGCAACCCCUAACGAACGCCAGACCUCCCCUGCCACUUUCUCCGCGGGGCCUCAUCCUCCCUGCACAACGCCGCGCCUUCUCGACGGACUACGGCAAGGACGUCGACGAGGUGAACCGCAAGUUCGCCGAAGCGCGGGAGGAGAUCGAGGCUGCCAUGGACAGCAAGGAGACGGUGUACUUCAACGAGGAGGCCGCCUGCGCGCGCGACGCGGCCGGCGAGGCCCUCGGCGCCUUCGACGCGCUGCUUGCGCGGGUCCCGCCCGCAGACGCCGACGCGCUCCGCAGGUCCAUGGGGCUCAAGAUGGAGCAGCUCAAGGCCGAGCUCAAGCAGCUCGAGGAGUAG